AUGUCUAGCCCUCUCCAGAACGGCUCCUCGGACGGGCAUCGAUCGCCUCGAAUGUCCUCCGCCUCCCCCCGCGUCGCGAGCCCCCGCCGAAGCAUCAGCGAGACCUCCGAUCAGCAAGAUGACGCGGCGGACGCCCCGUCGCCCUCGCCCGAUGCCGAAGACUCGACCAUGUACAUGAAUGGCGGUCAUGACUUUGCCGAAAGUAGCCCUUCAGCCGAUGAAAACAACGCGUCAGAUGAUGCCGACUUCGACAUGGAUGACGAUGCUCCCAAUGUACAGAGCGACGGCGCUGUCGACGCGUUGUCUAGCUCCAACGACUCCCAAAGGCCUACAAAACGAAAGGCUGGUGUCGAAGUUCAAGAAGACCUCUACAUCAAGGCCAAUCCAGAGCUGUAUGGUCUGAGGAGAAGUACGCGACCAAGGGAGCAGCGCAAGAUCCCUGCCCGCCAUCCAGCCUCGAAAGUCAACACCCCUAUUCGACAGGCAUCAGCCGACGAUUCAGACUCGGACAACUAUGGUGGCGCUCGAGCGAAAACUCUGCAAAAGAAAGCCCGCCGCCAGCGCGAGGCACAACCAUCCUCACUGUUGGCCGAGAAGAGGUGGUCCAGUCGGCGCGCUGCCCAGACCGUGCAACAAGGCGGCUACGAAGAGAGCGACUUCGAAGACGAAGAGACGAGGCCGCACAGGACGCUCAGCUACCGGAAGCUCGAGAACUACUUUAGAGUUGUCGUUGAUCAUGAGCUCUUCAUCCGAUUCGGAUUCGACAUCCCGCCUGAGACCAAAGAGCAGUUUUUCCUGGAUCGAGAGCGUGUUGAAGAAGCCCUUGAAGAUUACACCAAGGUGGAUAGAGUGGUAGCUGUUCGAGACGGCGAUGAGGAGACAGAGUAUCUCGUCAAGUGGAAGGGCUGUUACUAUGAUGAGUGCACCUGGGAAGUUGCCUCAGCCAUCAGCACCGACUUCCAGGUCAAGAUCGAUCAGUUUCUUGACCGAUCCUCUCGCCAAUGGGUGUCAGAUCGGACCGAGACCAAUCCAGACACGCGUACAAGAAUGACGAAGCUUGAAGCCCAACCCGAUUACAUCAAGGGUGGUGAGCUACGGACCUUCCAGCUCCGUGGUCUGAACUUCCUCUGUCUGAACUGGACGCGGGCGAAUAAUGUUAUUCUUGCCGAUGAAAUGGGUCUCGGAAAGACGGUCCAAAGCGUGUCAUUCAUGAGCUGGCUUCGCAACGACCGCGAACAGGAAGGUCCCUUCCUUAUUGUCGCUCCCCUUAGUGUCAUCCCAGCAUGGGGUGAUACCUUCGACAACUGGUCUCCGGACAUGAACUAUGUCGUUUAUCUUGGCAACGAGGCCUCUCGCCAAACUAUCCGCGAGAAUGAGCUAAUGAUCAACGGUAACUCGAAGAAGCCCAAGUUCAACGCUCUCAUCACCUCGUACGAGAUGAUUCUGCAUGACUGGUCAUUCCUGCAAACCAUCAAGUGGCAGGCUCUGCUGGUCGACGAAGCACACCGUCUCAAGAACAAGGAGUCUCAGCUAUAUGCCAAGCUGGUUAGCUUCGGCGUUCCCUGCAAGAUCUUGAUUACCGGUACCCCGAUCCAGAACAACCUCGCCGAGCUUUCGGCUUUGAUGGACUUCUUGAAUCCGGGUAAAGUCAUCAUCGAUGAAGAGCUCGAGACUCUCACCGGUGCUGACACCCAGGAAAAGUUGCAGGACCUACACACCUCGAUCGCCCCGUAUAUUCUUCGUCGUACAAAAGAGACAGUGGAGUCUGACCUUCCACCAAAGACGGAGAAGAUCAUCCGCGUCGAACUCUCUGACGUGCAACUGGAAUACUACAAGAACAUCUUGACCCGCAAUUACGCCGCCUUGUCCGACGCUACCGGUCAGAAGAAUUCGCUCUUGAAUAUCAUGAUGGAACUGAAGAAAGUCAGUAACCAUCCUUACAUGUUUGGCGGAGCCGAGGACAGGGUUCUCGCAGGCAGCACUCGUCGAGAGGACCAAGUCAAAGGUCUCAUUGCCAGUAGUGGAAAAAUGAUGCUGCUCGAUCAGCUCUUGACAAAACUGAAGAAAGAUGGCCACCGAGUCCUCAUUUUCAGCCAGAUGGUGAAAAUGCUUGAUAUUCUCGGUGAUUAUCUUGCCCUGAGAGGCUACAAGUUCCAACGUCUGGAUGGCACGAUUGCGGCUGGUCCUCGCCGUAUGGCGAUCAACCAUUUCAACGCCGAGGGAAGUGACGACUUCUGUUUCCUGCUUUCUACGCGUGCUGGUGGCCUGGGCAUCAACUUGAUGACCGCUGACACUGUCGUGAUUUUUGACUCGGACUGGAACCCGCAGGCCGAUCUGCAAGCCAUGGGCCGCGCGCAUCGUAUUGGCCAGAAGAAGCCGGUCAGCAUUUACCGUCUCGUUUCCAAGGAAACUGUUGAGGAGGAGGUACUUGAACGGGCGCGCAACAAGCUUCUUCUUGAGUACCUCACCAUCCAGGCCGGUGUCACUGAUGAAGGCAAGGCCUUCCGCGAUGAGUUCAACAAGAAGGGCUUGAAGAUGGAUGGUCCCAGCUCGGCCGAUGACAUUCAGUGGAUCCUCAAGAUGCGCUCGCAAAAAAUGUUCGAGCAGACUGGUAACCAGGAGCGUCUUGAACAACUGGAUAUUGACUCCAUCUUGGAAAAUGCUGAAGUUACCAAGACAAAGGUCGACGACAAGAUGAACCUCAGCAGUGGUGGCAUCGAUUGGGACAACUUCAUGCAGUACACCGACGUCAAGGUCGACGAUCUGGCUCUUGAUUGGGACCAGAUCAUCCCUGUCGAGGAGCUUGAGAAUAUCAAGGCUGAGGAGGAGAAGCGCCGUCACGAAGCUUAUCUCGCCAAGGUCGCCGCCGAGAGCGCACCACGCCGAGCCGCCGUGAAGAACCGCCAUAGCGAAAAUGACAGAGCUGACCGCGUCGCCAAGAAGCGGCAGAGGGAAGAACAGCAACGGCAAGAGGCCGAGGAGCAGAGGGCUCUACUGUCCGAUCCCAGACGUCCUUUGAACGAGAAGGAGACUCGCAACCUUCUCAAGGCAUUCUAUCGUUACGGAGCCAUGGAGGACCGUGGUGAUGAGAUUGUCCAUGAAGCCCGCCUGACGGAACGAGACAGAGAGUUCCUGAGCUCCAUCAUCGAUGACUUUACCAAGGUCUGCGGUCAAGCUCUGGAUGACAACUACUCGAGGCUUGAGGAAGAUGAACGGAAGCUCGGAAAGUCUUUGACAAAGAAGGACAAGAAGGCAGUCUUGAUUGACUUUGGAGAGGUUCGCAAGAUGAAUGCCGAGACAGCCAUUGAACGGCCCAAGCAGCUGCGCCUUCUCCGUCAAGUCCUGCGCAAGAAUAACGACGACAAGUCUUUUCGUCUACCGGACGCCUCCAAGGCAGCCCAUUACAGUUGUGAAUGGGGUGCUAGGGAAGACGGUAUGCUCCUGGUUGGCAUUGACCGGUAUGGCUUCGGUGCCUGGACACAAAUUCGCGACGAUGCUGGCUUGGAUCUGCAAGACAAGUUCUUCUUGGAAGAGCAUCGUGUUGAGAAAAAGGAGGAGCGCAAUAAGGCCAGCGAGAAAAGUAUCAACUCUCCAGGCGCGGUCCAUCUGGUCCGCCGUUCUGAAUACCUUCUUUCCGUCUUGCAGUCGAAACAUUCCACCGACGCUGCCACACUGAAGGCUGUGGAAAAUCACCACAGGAACAAUAAGAAGCACCUCAAUGGGGGCCGACGCAGUGAACUUGGUAGUGCGGCUGCAUCACCUGCUCCUCACCUGAGCAAGAAGAACAGUAGCCACCGGGACCGGGAACGAGAACGUGAUCAUCACAGGGAAUUCUUGGCUACGCUGUGGCCUGUUGACAGCACCAGCAACCCCGUGACUGCGGACAGACUUAGCUUCCUGUACAGAACCAUCCGCGAUCGGGAACAGUCGGACGCGAAGAAGAAGGCGCAGAACUCGAACGGCACAGCCGCUACCUCUUAG